GAAAAAUAAGAAUAACAUCUUCUUACGAUGUAUCAAAACAUCUUCUUCUUCUUUCUGACAACCUUGCACAGCUAUUACUAUGUCUCUGCUCAGCGUCCUGCUCCUCCGCUCACAAACGGCGACCUCGUCGCCAACUUCGAGCCGAGUUUGGCCGUCGUCACCGUAGUUCUCGCCAUCAUGUUCUCGCUCACUUUCUUCCUCCUCGUCUACGCUAAGUGCUGCCACAUCGAUCUCCGGUCAAGAACCGGCGACGGAAGACGGCAAGAUCGCCGGAGCAUACAAGGAAUAUUCGUUAACCGGUCAACUAACUCGUCGGACCGGUUCUCCGGUUUAGACAGAACAGUAAUCGAGUCACUUCCUCUGUUCAGGUUCUCUGCUUUGAAAGGAUCAAAACAAGGGCUUGACUGUUCUGUUUGCUUGUCUAAGUUCGAAAGUGUCGAGAUUCUUAGAUUGCUGCCAAAAUGUCGUCACGCUUUCCACGUCGGAUGCAUCGAUCAGUGGCUUGAGGAGCACGCUACGUGCCCUCUAUGCAGAGACAGAGUCUCGAUAGACGAAGAGUACUCUGUUUAUGGAAACAGCUUCCGGUUCUUGAAUGAGUCUGAGGUGAGAGAAGAUUCGAGCUUGGAGCUUUACAUCGAAAGAGAUGAAGAAGUUGGUGAGUCAUCGAGAUUUAGCAUCGGAGAUAGUUUUCGGAAGAUUCUUAAAUUAGGUCAUAAAGAGAAACCCUUACUUGAUCAACACGGAAACGAUAAAGACGAGAGGAAGCUGAUGCAUAAGUUCAAUCAUAGGAUCAUUGUCUCUGAUGUUGUGUUCAAGAAUCGUUGGAGCAAUGUGAGUUCGUCGGAUUUGUUGUUUUUGAACUCGGAAAUGGUUAGUUCGAUUUCGAGCGAGAGAUUCUCGCUGGUGGAUCGAGUUAAGAGAGGUAAUGAAGAUGAUGGAAGAGGUAGCUUGUGGAUCAAGGAAGACAAGAGAAUGUUGGAGAACAAGUUGAGUUCGAUGAAAACUAUGUUGUUGUCGGAAAAUGGAGAGUCUGGUUCGAAAUCAAGAAGCGUUAUGGUCGAGCCAGGAAGAAGAUCGGUCUCUGAGAUCACUGCAGUUCCUAGACUCAGUAUUGCGGUUCAUGGAGAUUAUAGCGGUUCAACCGCAUCAACUGCGUUAGAAACGGAGAGAAGACGGCGUUUGUGGCUGCCAAUCGCUAGAAACACAGCUCAAUGGUUUGCUAAUAAAGAAUUAAGAAAUCAAAUUAACAGAACACACCUACACUUUGAUGUUUAG